AUGAAUGAUAGCAAUAACAACAAACAAGAAGGAAAUACAACUACAGCUACUACAACUACUACUAAAUUCUCUUUAUUACCAUGGAAUGUAAUCAUUCUUAUAAUCAGAUUAACUUGGAAUAGUUUGGAUAAAAGUGAUAACUUUAAAAGAAAAAAGAAACAAGAUGACUAUUUGAAUGACAGUAGCGAGGAAGAUGAAGAGGAACAAGAGGAUGAUGAUGAUGAUGAUGAUUAUGACGAUGAAGAAGAGGAUUACUAUUAUUACUAUCAAAAAUAUAAUUAUACAGGUGGAAAGAGUAGUAGUAGUAGGAGGAGACCAUCUAAUAAUCAAAAGAAUCAAAUAUCAACAGAAUGGGCAUUAAAUGAAAGAUUAUGUAAAUUACAUUUAUCAUUGGUAUCCAAACAAAUAUUUCAAUUUAUUCAAUCAUCUUUGGUAGAUAAUAAUAAUAACAAUAAUAAUAAUAAUAAUGAAAUAGAUGAAAAUAUAGAUCAUCAUAUAAAUAUUAGUAGUAGGAAAAGAUUAAUAUUACCAAACAUUAUAUUAUAUAAAAUAAUUAAUUAUUGUUGGUAUAGUUAUUGUUUUAAUGUUUAUGAUGAAAAUAACAAUAACAAUCAUAAUCAUGUCACUAGUAAUAAUAAUAAUAAUGAUAUAUCAAUAGUUAAAAGACAAUUAGAAUUAACAUUGGUAAACAAAACAUUAUUCAAAUAUAUUGGAAAACAUUUGUUUACAUCCAUUAAAAUGACUAGAUUUGAUGAUGACUUGUUGUCCCAUUUAGAUAAUCCUCAUUGUGUACUCAAAAAUGUCAAGUGUUUGGUGGAUAGUUGCAACAAUUGUCCCAAUGUUCGUGCAUUGUUGAAACGAAUUGCACCGAUGGUUGAAAGGUUCGAAGGACAUUACAUCCCAUUCAACACUGCUGGCACACAAGAUGAUGGUGAUGAUGAUCAACCAACGACAUUUCCAACUCAUCUCACUCAUUUACAAUUGUACGGUCAAUCUAUUCAAUUCUCAAGACUACUUCAAUUCUCUACAUUGGUAUCUAUCAAUUGUAUGAAUGUUCUAGUACUGCUGUGGAAAGAACCCGAUCAUUUGAUGAAAGACUUUUACAAAAGAUUGCCAAAUCUUAGAAAACUAUUGUUGCAUCGACACAACAUUCUUCUCUACGAACAAUUCCCUCAACCUACCAAAGACCAACUUGAAGCCAUAUCAAUAGAGUUUGAAGACGAGUUCAACACCAAUGAAUGGGAGUUACUAUCCAAUGAAUACCGUGAACAAUUAUUAUUCCAAUUCAAGAGUAUCAAGACACUCUACCUAAUCAACGGGUUUAGACAAUCGAGUACCAUCAAUUUACCAAGGUCUAUUGUCAAGUUGGUCAUCCCACAUUCCGUCAAAACACCCAAUAGUUACUUUCCAACAGACUUGGUACUAGCCAACCAAAGUAUUCAAACCGUCAAAAAAUACCUUCAAAAGGAGUUAUUCUCGUUUGGGUUCAAUUCCAAUCCAUACGCCUUUGUCACUAGAGAAAUUAAUUCCAAGGCACCCGUGACACUAUUAAACAUCAUCAUUGUCUAUAAAGGUGAUACAUUUUGUCAAGGUGCUCUUUCUGUUGACGAUUUAAAUGAUAUGAAAGAAAAGAGUGAAUAUCAAUUUAUAGGUAUCAUAAAUAAUUAUAAAUAUUAUUUUAAAAGAAAAGAAGAAGAAGAAGAUAUAUAUAUUAAAUAA